AUGACGGCGUCCAGCCCUAACAAGCUGGUGCGAUUCAACCCGGACGAGGCGAAGGAGGUCGAGGAGCUGAAGCGGCAACGAGUCCUGUGCGGCUGGAAUCUGGACAAGGUCGAGGUCUGGCGCGAGCAGUGUCGAAGAGGGGUCAAGAACCUGUACUGGAUCCAUCCGGCUGUGCCGAUUGAGACGCCCGAGUUUGAGCCGCUCAACUCGGACAACUCGCGCGCAGGACCUCCUCCUCCCGAUCCUUCCGCUGACGUCUACGACAGUUUCCAACCCGUCGGGCACAUCAGCCUCGACUGGGAAGACUACGAAGGCGACACAACGCUCUGUGACCGCGAGAAGGGCAUCAUCACGCUCGCGACGUUCUUCAUCCUCCUCUCGCAGCAGGGAAAGGGGUAUGGGAGCGUGGUGAUGAAGCAGACGGAGCAGAUGGCGGUCGAGGUAGGCGCCAAGGAGAUCACACUCAACACGGUCGACGGCGAGUACGCGGUACAGCCUUGGUGGUGGGAACAGCAAGGCAUCAAGUUCGACAGCCGUUUGCGAGUCAACGAGCGCUGGUACGAGCGGCUGGGCUAUACGGCAUACAAACGCGCGGUCCCGCGCUACCCGUGCCGAACAGUAGACGGGCGGGACAUCCUACUCGAGGCGGUAUUUAUGCGCAAGAAGCUCCCGCAAGCGUAG